AUGCUCGAAUUCUCUGAGUGUUCAAAGCCUGGAGACCCACUCAAAGAAAAAUCCAAAGCCGAAAAUAAUAAACAUAAUUCGAGAAAAAGAGGAUCUUCUAAGCACAGUGACGAUGAAUACAUCAGUCAUAAACGUAGAAACGUUGCAGUCCGAGAUUCAUCUUACUUCAAUUCAUCACCACCAGGCACUAAGGCAACAGAAUCAGAAGAAUGUUCUGAUAGAUCACCGGUUCAUGAAAAGUCAGAUUCUAUACCUCGAAAUGUACAUAGAAGAAAUUUCUAUGCUGAUUACAACAAAAGUAGUGAAAGGAUAAAAUCUCAUAGAUCGAGUGAUCGUAAUAAAUCAGAAUCACGAAAUAAGGAUCGUAGUUCAAUGCACGUUCCAGCAAACAUGAACUCCGAUCGAAGAAAAAAAAAUGAGAAUAAAAGCAGUCGAUCAAGAGAAGAGGAUAAAGAGGUUCAAGCUCAAUUUCAAAAGAAAUUGGAAAAACUUGAAAAUACUGUCAAAGCAAUCGAAAAAGAGGUUAUAAAGAUGAAAGAAAUUAUUGAGAAGAAUUUAAAUGCUGAAUCGCUGAAGAUACUGGAAAUUCUAUUGAAAUUUCAGAAUAUAGCCGAAGAAAACAAAACAAAGCCACAACCAUUCUUUGACGGAUCCGGCUUACCAUCGGUUAGUUUUGUAAGACGAAUUCCAGACUCCAACAAUAAAGAGAUACAUAUUGGGCAAGAUAUAUGGAUAGACAAUGGCAGCUGGUGCAAUGUCAGAAAUCGUGCAGGAACUUCAGAAAGUAAAUUCAUAAAAGGUUUGAUGUCCGCAAUUUUCACUCCGGACGAAAUCAUAAACUCCAGUGCUUUAGGUCUAACCUCAAAUCGCGAAAAAGUUCCGGAAAAACGACCUGCAUUGAAUCCUGUAAAAAUGUUAGCUCUGCAAGAUAGCCUUACUUGGUUUAAACAAAUGCAUAAUGAUGAGAUGACUCUGGCUCAAUGCAGAAUAGAAGCCGAAGAAGUCCUAAAAGAAUAUGUGGGCAGCAAAAUAACAGACUCAAGAAAGCCUUUAAGACCAAAGAAGCUUGCUAAUGGACGAAAGAAAAGAAACGACAUGAUGAGGAAAAGAAAAAACAACUGUCUAAAGAAGAAAACAACGUUGGCUACAAAAAACGACGUUUGUCACAGUGAUAGGCGCAGUCACAGCCGCAGUCACAGCCGCAGUCACAGCCGCAGUCACAGCCUCAGCCGCAGUCGUAGUCGUAGUCAUAGUCGUAAUCGCAGUCACGGCCGCAAUCACCGUUUCAGCUUCAGUCGUAGUCAUAGUCGUACCCAUAGUCGUAGUCAUAGUCGUGGUCGUGAUCUUAGUCGUAGUGAAAGUCGCAGUCGUAAUGAUAGUCGUAGCCCUGGUCGUUGUCAUAGUCAAAAAUGA